CAGUCGUUGAGCGUGCUUCGGCGCGAUGGGGAUAGCAGAGGAGUUACGGUCGCGAAAACCCCACGUUUGCGGCGAGGUGCAUCGCGCGCGCGGAGUUUCCGAAACAGGUGACAACGGUAGCGUCGUCUCUUUCAGGAGCCUUUGGACUGUUCUUCACAGAACUGCGUUCUUGCAGAGCUUUGACUGCAUACCGGCAUUCCACUUCGGUUGAUCGCAACCUAACUUCUGGCAGUGGGUUCUCAUGAGGAGAACACGUGCUCUCUAUCGUUUACGGACUGUCGUCGUUUCUCGAUUGCCCCUGUCGGCUCACGCGAUGGUUGCCAACCGGAGGACUGUAUCGAUGACACAGUGAAAACGUCGGUUAGGCACUGUGGAAAAGCGUGAAUGCAGACUGUAGAAUCUGUUCUGUACACAGGGACAUUUUGUGCAAGCCUUUGGAGUGUCUCGCAAGUGCUUGAAGAACAGCGUGUGUCCCAGUGCGCAAAGUGACAUAGUUGACUUUGUGAACUGCGGGGGACAGCUGCCAAGCCUUUUUUUUUCAGAUACUGAAGUUUUGUGUCUUGCGAUAGCCGUCGAUUCGGUGGGGCAGGUCGAAUUGGGCAGCGAGUGCCGAAUGAUGGAAACUUUACUACCGUGGCUUCGUCCGUCGUGGCCUUCCUGGCUGCGUGGUUGCUUCAACUUCGCCGGAAUAUGGACGGUGAUGGUGGUGUCUCUGCUGAGCAGCGACGUGAAUGGACAACACGGAUUAGUAUUGCCAUCUCUGGGUUUCGAUGAGGAACCCCCUGAGCGAUACCACUUCCUCAACACACUGGGUGGAUCCUUGCGAUGCCGGGGCCACGGUUCGCCUUCGCCCUCCCUCUGGUGGAUCCACGCAGACGACCUAAACGGCUCUUCCUCCUCGGCAUCGUGGGCCGGCAGUGUGGGCGUCAUGAUGUCCACUCCGGCGGCGCUGUCCGAAGUGCCCGGCCUGCGGCACACGAGCGCCGACGGAUCGACGCUCCUCUUCCCCGCUUUCGGCGCCUCCGAGUUUCGUGCUCACGUACAUUCGACGUCUUACCGAUGCGUCCUCAGCAACGCACUUGGAAAGAUGGCUAGCCGCACCGUGAGGGUGCGAGCAGUGAUCCAGCAAGAGUACGAGGUGAACGUGCACGACGGCUUUGCCACAAGAGGGAGCACGGCCGUGCUGACAUGCCAGAUUCAGCCAGCGGCGGCCAAGGACUACACGAGCGUGCUAUCAUGGCUCAGAGAUGACAAGUACCUCAUCACGUCGGAAAGUCAGACGCAAGGGAAGUACGCGCUGUACCCGAGCGGAGAACUUUACAUUCACGACGUGGAUGAACGGGACGCCGAACGCUCCUACCGGUGCCAAGUACUGGACCACACCACGAACGCUACAAAAGCAAACACGAGGCCUGCCAGGAUCAUACUUCAAGGUCCCCGGAAGUCAGAAGCUCCGCGCGUCAUUUCUUGGACGAAGGAAGUGACGGUUGAGGAAGGCCAACCAGCGACGCUCAGCUGCGCGGCGCGGGGGAUGCCCCUGCCCGCUUACCACUGGUUUCGCCAGUCCGGUGCAGACAUGCGGCCCCUGCUGGGUGCUCCGACGCGCGGUUCGCAGUCAUCGUCCACAGGUACCGGUCACCAGCAGGGACCUGCGUCGUCGUCUCGAGGCACACUGGCACUCGGCCCUGCGCACGUUCAAGACGCGGGUCGCUACGUGUGCCUUGUGAACAACACCUACGGCGAGGACAGAGUAUACGUGACAGUUAACGUCAGAGGUUCACCUCUCGUGAGCGUGCAGCCCCGAUUUCAGCGAGUUCCUCUCGGAGCAUCCGUGACACUGACGUGCAACGCCACCGGUGGCGGGGCUGGCGUGCUAGCUCGGGAGCUUCGCUGGUACCGUAACCUAGUGCCCGUCCAGCCAUCGGCUGCUGACAGGGUGCGCUUGCUGGGCUCCUCGGUGCUUCAACUGGGCUCGGUCAAAGACGGCCAGGAAGGCAUCUACCAGUGCCUGCUCGACAGCACGCGGGAGUCGGCACAGGCGUCGGCGUUCGUCUUACUCAUGGUAACCAAGCCCGAAUUGACUGUGACCUUCGCCGAGCAAAACACGUACCCGGGCAGCUUCGUGUCGCUCAAGUGCGCCGCGCGCGGUCACCCGAUGCCUCGUGUGACGUGGACGCUGGACAACGGGCCCGUGCCGUCUUCGCGGCGCGUGCUGCGAGGAGACUUUGUCACCGAGGACCACGUGGUGCACAGCUUCGUCAACUUGACGUCGGCCAACGUGACGCACGGAGGAGAGUACGCCUGCCAGGCCGAAAACGAGGCCGGACGCGUCGCUCACUCGGCCUGGCUGAACGUGCUCGGCCCGCCGACGCCCCUACCGCCACGAAACCUCACCGUGCUCUCGGGCGAGACGCUGAGCCUCGCCUGCCCCGUCAAGGGACAUCCGUUUGCCUCCUACACCUGGUAUAAAGGAACACACGCAAAUCGGACCCUGGUCGACGGCCAGCGGUAUCGGAUGAACAGUCAUGGACGUUUAACCAUCCACGAUGUUGAUCGCAAAACUGACGACGGUGUCGUCGUCUGCUCGGCCACCAGUCCCGACGGUCGCACAGCCGAAGCGCAAGUGAAUCUCCACGUCGCAGUUCCCCCGACAAUCGCCCCGUUCUCGUUCCCGUCCUCGGUGCGCGAGGGUGAGCGAGCGAGUGCCCACUGCUUCGUGUCGUCCGGAGACCGGCCGGUGUCACUGUGGUGGCUCAAAGACGGCCACCCUCUGCAGCCAGGCCUGCUGGACGUCAAGCCGCAGCUCAUGAACGAGUUCCUCUCGGUUCUCUACUUCGAGAGCAUCGCCGAAGAGCACAACGGCUCCUACACCUGCGUCGCCAGCAACCCGUACGCUCGAACAAACGCCUCCGCUCAGCUGGUAGUUCAGGUGGCCCCCAAAUGGGUUUACACGCCGUCUAGCACCAACGCCCUCAAGGGAAGCACCAUGAGAUUCGACUGCCAGGCUGAUGGCUUCCCGACGCCGGUUAUCCGCUGGAAGAUGUCAACAGGAGGUGUCUCUAGCAAUUUUGUCACCAUACGAAGCAACGCCAAGCUGCAAGUGCUGGAGAACGGCUCCCUCGUUCUGCAACACGUGGACGCAUCGGACGCAGGCAUCUACCUCUGCCAAGCCACCAACGGCGUCGGUCCCGAACUCACGCACGAGGCCAAGUUGACCGUUUCCGUCCCCGCCACCUUUAUCACCAGUUCCAUGUCUGUGACGUCACGUAAGGGAGACAAAGUUCACCUGCAGUGUGACUCCAUCGGAGACCCUCCACUCACGAUCACGUGGUACCGUGACAACGUGCUUCUGGACAUGGACAGACACCCGAGGUACACGGUGAAUGAUCAUGAACGGGAGGAUGGCAUGGCGUCUCAGCUACUGCUCCGCGAUGUCAGGACAAACGACACCGGAACUUACGCCUGCAAAGUUGCCAACAGCCAUGGCAAGGACGAAAUGUUCAUCAAGCUCACUGUACAAGAGGCGCCCUCUCCACCGACUAACGUUCACGUGAGCCAUUUAGCAAGCCGCUCUGUUUCGAUACGUUGGAGCGUACCUUUCGACGGAAAUUCGCCCAUCACGCAGUACGACCUGAAGAUACACUCUUCAAGAGAUGGCACUUCUCGUGUGAUUCCAAUUCCUGGAACCCAGCUGGAAAUGACACUGGACAGCCUGAGCCCAAACUCUGCGUACAGGGUUGAAGUAGUCGCUGUCAACGGUAUUGGUACAGGCACUCCCAGCGAGCCUCUGUUUUUUACCACAGACACGGAAGCGCCAUCCGCGAAGCCCGUUGACUUGAAGGUCAUUCCACUCAACGCAACCAGCCUUCGUGUUACUUGGAAGAUGCAGCCAGGAGACAGCAAGAUUGCUGGCUACUACGUUGGAUACAAGGCCGAAACUGAUGGGCGCGCUGAAUCGUUUGUCUACAAGACAGUCGAGUCUCGACCAGGAAAGAGCCAAGAAUGCGACAUCAAAGAUCUGCGACCCGGUACCAAGUACACGGUAGUCGUUCAGGCGUAUAACGGAAAGGGACCCGGACCGACGUCGGAAGAAACUGUUGGAGAAACUCCCACAUCGGACAUUGCUUCACUUUUUCGUGUGACUGUCAACUACACGUCAUCAACGGAAAUACGUAUAAUAUGGCACGACGUCAUUGGACCACGGCACGGCUACAAGCUUUUCAUUCGACCAAAUAUGAGUGAUUGGGAGGCGUACAAGGUGCCAGGCACCACGAAUGGCUACACCUUUAGUAACCUGCGCUGUGGGACACGUUACGAAAUCUACGUCGAAGCACUCGGUGAGAGCAGACCUCGAAUGACGUCCAUUAUCUCAGCCAGCACUAAAGGAUCCGUACCAGUGGCACCCGCACACCAACAGCCGCUGCUGGUGGAUAGCGAGAACGUGCCUCUAGACCUGGAAGCGUUCGGAGACGGGGGCUGUCCCAUCGGCCACUACGUGGUCAAGUACCGGGCACUGGAUGACGUUGAGUGGACCGUCGUGUCUAAGGAGGGCAGCAAAGGUCACGUGGUGGCGCUGAAUAACCUGGAACGAGGACGUCGCUACAAGCUCCUACUCGGCGCGGCUAAUUCGGCGGGCUACACCGAGCGCCUCUACGACAUGCACGUGGCACCAGCCGCCAGCAAAGGUGUAUCGGAGACUUCGACGAGUGCGGCAUCUCAGCAAGAGAUGCACCGCAAGCUGGCCGUAGUCACUUCCAUAGUGUGUUCAGUGGUUGUGCUGAUCGUCAUCAUUGUAGCCGCCUGCGUGGAGUUCGGGCGCAGGAGAAGAAGAGAGCGCGCAGACGCAGCCGCCUCAGAAAUAUACGCCGAACCGCGCUUGAAACCCGCUUCAAAAUGCGAGGAGGUUGCACUGACCACCUGGGACAAGCAAAAGGAGCCACUGCCUACACCAGCGCGCAAUGGCGAACUUCCCCAUCAGCAGCAGCAGCAGCAGCAUCAGCAGCAGUUGCAGCAACAGCAGUUGUAUGCCCCGUGCCCGUACGGCACUUCGUCGGGCCGGCUGCGGCAGCACGUAGCCGAAGGCACCCUCGGAAGGCGGCAGCACACUAGGGCAGAGAUUGUCGAAGAAUUCUACGAUAUGCCUUUGCCACCGUACGCCGUCCACCGACACUUCAUCCGGCUGGAGUCUUUACCUGUUCAUUGUCUCGACAAAGAAUCUCGCCUCUAACUAAAAACAACACACUGCUCAAAAAGGGAUUUCGGUGCUAAUAGUAACUAAUUCGGCGUGGUAGUAAUGACUGCGUGGGAACCUGCGGGAACUGUGCGGGACCGAGGACCACUCUGUGAAUCCGUCUCUUCGGGGAUACUGAAACCAAGCAUUUUUCUUCGAGGCCUCCGAGCCACCCAGCGAUGAAGAGCCCGGAAAGCGAAAAAUACGUGCUUGUGUGGUGUAUGUGUAAAGUGUGUCUGUGUGCCGGUGUGUGACAACUGCGUCUCUGAUCUACGUGGCCCAUCAAAACUCAAGAAAAAAAAAAGAAGACGUGCGUCGUUCGAAUUACACCGUACAUGUAUGGCAGUGAGCGAACGUGACUCAAGACUUGAGGAAUGCUCUGAAGAGAAGACAGAUUGGCCCGUCGUGUGAGCGUGCUCAUAACACAGCCUGCAUUUGCAAUAUGCCGGCCGUCCAUAGGUUCAAGCAAAACGCUCCGCAACGCUCAGUUGAGCGUAGACCUCAUUGUGAUACGAAGAACACUGUGUGCGGCCCAACGUAGUGUGUUUAUCAGCCGGUUGCCUGCGGCCUUAAUUACAGUGGUCGCUCGGAAACUCGAGAUCGUUAGAGAAAAAGUGCGUCGCGUCUUGGACACAAUGCUCCCAUUGUGAUGAAUACGUAAGAGAUGCUGUUCUUAGAUGUUUACUGUAAUCGGUUGCUUUAACGUUUCUCGUUGCGGACGUGAACAGCACUUACUGCCUGAAGACAUACUUAUUGUAACAAAUAUUACAAAACAGAGUGAAUUUAUUAACCGUCGGCGUCAUUGCCCUCCACUUUUAGUGUUCACCGAUUGUUAUUAAAUGCUCUGAAGCGCAGGAA